AUGCCUGUUGAAGGUUACAAAGUCGAUGUUUCCAAGGCCGUUGGCCACAAGUCGCCCGUCCAGAAGGUUGACCCUACAUUUGGCCCAUUGCCUACCUAUCCACUGGUCUUGGCUUUGAAGGGUGAGGGUGCUGACACCAACUUGUUCAAGGAACGAUCGCAGGGUGAGACCAACCCUGGCAUUCCUUCAUUCGAUCCCAACAAAAUUGUUCACGGUGAACAGGCUCUUCAAAUUCACAAGCCUUUCCCCAAAAACGGCGGCCAGUUCAACUUGCAAAAGACCACUACUGGCGUUUAUGACAAGGGCUCUGGUAUGGUGAUCGAGGGUACCAUGGACCUCUAUGGUGCUGAGGACAAUGUCCAUUACUGCACCAUGGUUUCCAAGUCGUUUGUUCGCGGCUAUGGUGGCUGGAACGGUCCUAAGGGUCCCAAGGCACCAAGCUAUGCUCCUCCCAAGCGUCAGCCCGACGCUGUCGAGAGUUUCAAGACCACCGAACAGCAAGCCCAAUUGUACCGCUUGUCUGGUGAUUACAACCCUCUCCACAUUGACGUGCCCGUUGCCCGCUCUGUCGGUUUUCCUAACCCCAUCUUGCACGGCUUGUGCACCUAUGGUAUCACUGGCCACGCCAUCCUCAAGCAUUUGGCUGGUAACGACAGCGCCCGCUUCAAGUCCAUUGAAGGCCGUUUCUCUAGCCCUGUCUUCCCUGGCGAGACCGUUGAGGUCUACAUGUGGAAGGUCGAUGAUAAGGACCCCAAGGUUCAGGGCGUCAUCUUUGCUGUCAAGGUCAAGGAGCGGGAUAUCGUGGUCAUCAACAACGGCUAUGCUACCCUUUACAAGGAAUCCCCUGCUUCCAAGCUCUAAAUAUCACGCAUCUCCCAUCUUUUUUCUCCUUCCAGCACAUCCUUUUUCUUCUCUGUUGAUCAGAAGCGAAUAAAACUAAAAAAAAAAAACAUUGAAAAAUAAAAGC